CAAAGAAUAUCCACAGGAAAGGACGUAAGGUAUUAAAACAUGUCCACAUCUGAUACAAAGGCCUUUAAGAAAAUAUUGUUUUUUUCAGUGAUUUUUCUUCUAGCGUUAAGCUUCAGCUUUCACCGGAGCUUAUUCCAGCCUUUAAACUCUUCAAUUCAUCAAGUAACUUAUUCAGAUCACAAUGUUUCACACAUGGACGUUAAUGAAUCGAGUACACUUCAUAAUUCUGAUGACAUUGACCGAAAGAUAUAUCAGAUUUACAAUGACAUAAAUCACACAAUUCCUAAUAUAUCUUUCACUUGGUUAAAUAAGACCACCAGUGCUAAAAACAGCAAGGCAAUCAUAUUAAAUUACAAGAAAAAGUAUUGUAUUGGAGAUUCUUUAACUGUCCGAGUUGACAUGUUUGAUUUCUUGGGAAAUAAGAAGACUUAUGGGGGAGAUUUCUUAAGAGCUCGAAUUUAUUCCCAAAGUCUUGGAGCUGGAGCUUCUGGAAGGAUUGAAGACUUUAACAAUGGAUCCUACCUUAUUAAUUUCACACUAUCGUGGGAAGGCAAUGUGAGAAUAUCUAUUGUUUUAUUACAUCCAAGUGAGGGUGUUUCUGUUUUAUGGAGAGCCCGAAAUAUGGGAUAUGAAAACAUUAUUUAUAUUGGAAAAUUUCUCAACAAAACACAAGAGAUUCACAAGGAAUGUGGAUUUUCUUUAGAGUCACAAGAAGAACAAUGUGAAUAUGCAGAUAAAAUACAUGGUGAAUUUUUCUACUGCCUGAAACCUCAAAAUGUACCAUGUGAAGCUCUAAUCUCACUCAAGAGUCAGAACAAAAAUCAUGCAUAUCUUACUAAAUUAGAGAAGAGCAUGUUUACUAGAUCAAAGAUUGGAGCGGAGAUCGGCAUAAAUGUUGAAGAAGUUGCUGUUUUGAAAUGUCAGAGAAACAGUACAAUUGAAGUAAAGCCAAAAUGUAGAAUUGGGAUGUCUCCACCAUUUCCAGGUGGCUAUUUCUUAAACAAUGUUUGGCACUCUUUAUUCUGCAAUCUUUCUUCAUAUGAACCAUUGUCUCAAAUCAACGAGUGCUUGUCUGGAAAAAUGAUUUACCUCAUGGGAGAUUCAACUAUCCGCCAGUGGAUUGAAUUGUUUCCAAAACUCAUGAAAGGUUUAACAUUUUUUGAUCUUCAUGGAAGUGGCUGGCACAAGCAAUUGCUAGCUCUAGACUUGGAGAGGCAGGUCUUAAUUCAAUGGAAGAAGCAUGGGCACCCGUUUGUGACUAUGAGUUUCUUUACUCUCAAAGACUAUACUACUGUCACACAUGAAAUUGACCGGCUUGCUGGUGGCCCUCAUAUAAUUAUUGUCAUUGCUCUUGGACAACAUUUCAGACCUUUUCCUCUACCUUUGUUUGUAAGAAGACUUCUCAAUGUACGGAAGGCAAUUGAAGGCCUUUUCUUGAGAAGCCCUGACACUAAGGUCAUCAUAAAGUCAGAAAAUACCAGGGAAAUAAACACUGAUGUAGAGCGAUUUAGUGACUUUCACGGCUACAUUCAAUAUCUCUUGGUCAAAGACAUCUUUAAAGGACUUAACAUUGGAGUGAUUGAUGCUUGGGACAUGACAGUAGCCUCUGGUUCAUACAAUGUUCAUCCACCUGAAAGUGUCAUUAAGAAUCAAAUUAAUAUGUUCUUGGAAUAUAUAUGUUAAUUCAUAAAUUACAACUUAUACUCAUUGCUAAUAUUUCUCAAAAAGCUUCAUAACAAGGUAUAUCAUGAUACCAAACUCUGGUUAAUUGUAAACAUAUUACAGAAGGAACAUUUUCAUUUUCCUAUGUUAACAAUAUAACUGCAAUAUUGGAUUUAUUGUUAAUAGAUUAUGAUAGUUCUCUAGUGGAUUAUAGAGAUGUCACCAAAAUGUUCUUACCCAUCUUAAAACUUCUCAACUUCUUAACUGGUGAUGCCAUGAUCUAAAAAGUAUCUCAAAGU